CCAUGUUGCAAAAAUGUAGUUUCAUUCAAAACAUUAUCAAAAACUUCCUCCUCCUCCUCAAGUCACGCACAACACUCUAAACACAUCUCUCAGUUUCUUCAGCUUCUUUCUCGAUCAAAAAAACAAAAACAAAAACCCCCGCCAAAAUGUCUCCCUCCACCAUUGUCCUGAUCACUGGCGCCAACCAGGGAAUCGGCUACGCGUCAACCAAGGUCAUCGCCUCCAGCUCAGACAAGUAUCACGUCAUCGUCACCGGCCGCACACUUGAAAAGGCCGAGAAGGCCGUCGAGCAGCUCAAGGCCGAGGGCGGUCUCAAGGGCACCAUCUCAGCUCUGCAGCUCGACCAGACUGACGUUGCCUCCGUCGAGCGGGCCGCCGCCGCCGUCGACAAGGAGUUUGGCCGCCUCGACGUGCUGGUCAACAACGGCGCAAUGGGCUGGGUCGACGAUAUGGAGAGCAGAAUGUACCAGUACUUUGCCGACAUCCUGGCCACCAACGUUGCUGGGCCCUACCUCGUGUCACGCACCUUCCGCCCACUGCUCAAGAAGUCGUCGGAGCCGCGCUCCAUCUACGUCAGCAGUGGAAUGGGCUCGCACCAGUACAUCUCCAGCAUGCCCGAUGCGGUCAAGAGCUUCGGCGAGACUGGAAUCCCGUACCCCGUCACCAAGGCGGCGCUGAACAUGCUCGCUGAGCUCGAGGCCAUCGUCCACGGCGACGAGGUCAAGACCAAGGUGUUUUUGUUUUGCCCAGGCUUGGUUGUUUCCAACCUGAGGGGCAACUCCGAGGAGAUGAGGAGCAUGGGCGGCGCUGCUGGUGACCCGGCAGUCUCUGGACAGACUCUUUUGACAAUUAUUGAGGGCAAGAGGGAUGCUGAUAUCGGAAAGGGAACAAUCCACAAGGAUGGUGUUUACCCGUGGUAGAGCCCUGCUUAUUGCAUUGUACGCAAGGUGGGAGGAUAAUAGAGAGUUGACAUAGAAUCAAGCGAAUACAUGAAACAUAAUAGAUCCAUCUUUCUUCCAUUACUUGAUCUCUUGGGUAUCCGG